CCCUGCCCUAAAACAGCGCAUCCACCCAUCACGCUGUGCAGAAGCAAUUUAUUCACCUGCUGAUGUAAAUCUGGUGUGUUUGAUCAGUAAAAACUGUAAAACAUGCUUGAUAAGGACCCUCGAGUAACAGAGUGGCAUGUGGCACAUCACAGAUUCAUGCACAUACAGUUGGAAUGUAAAAAUUGUUAUUGAAGUGGGUUUACAUUCUGAGGAUUAUGAACCUGUUGAGUGAUAGUCAAAUGUGAUGCAUUGCACCAGAUUUAGCUAGAAGCUAAUUUGCAAGUGCAGUCCUGAUUAAACCUGAGACUAAUAUAAUGUAUCACCAUGUACUUCUUCCACAGACACCAUCAGCUGAGACUGAGUGGAAGGUCAUCGCUAAAGACUUUGAAGACAAGUGGCAUUUUCCACAUUGCAUAGGGGCCAUAGAUGGGAAACACAUCUUCAUUCAACCCCCUGCCAACAGUGGAAGCACGUUUUAUAAUUACAAGUCAAGGUUUUCCAUCAUACUUAUGGCUGUAGUUGACGCAAAUUAUAGAUUUGUAUAUGCAAGUGCAGGGACACAAGGAAGGGCAUCUGAUGCUGGAGUGUUUGCCCAUUCUGAUCUCAGAGAGGCUAUGGACAAAGGCACUCUGAAUGUCCCUCCUGAUGCAACCCUGCUAGGCACUGACUCCACAAUACCAUAUGUGCUCAUUGGUGACGAAGCAUAUCCCCUUAGGCCAGAUCUGAUGAAACCAUAUCCAUCACGAAACCUCAACCAUGAUCAAAGGAUUUUCAACUACAGGCUUUCCAGAGCACGCCGUGUUGUUGAGAACGCAUUUGGAAUUCUGGCCAAUCGCUUUCGCGUUUUCAGAACCACAAUUUGCCUGCAUCCAGACAAAGUUGUUGCAAUUGUUUUUGCAACACUUUGUCUCCACAACUUCCUCCGACAACAGAGAUCAGAUGCCUACACACCACCUGGCUAUGUGGAUUCUGAAGAUGCAAACCAUCAGCUGGUCAGUGGCACAUGGCGAAGUGAGGGAGCCCUUCAGUCAGUUUCGGCAAGCAGAGCUAGGAACCCCACAGUGGAUGCUAAGAAACAACGUGAUGUGUUAGCCCCAGGGAUCUGGACUGGCAAACUUAAAUAA